UGCUGCCUCUGCUGCUUCAGGCGCUGCUCGUCGAGAUCCAGCCGAGAUGCAGCCGAGAUGCAGCCGAGAUGCAGCCGAGAUGCAGCCGAGAUAUGGGCCGAGAGAUGGCCGAGAGGUGGCCGAGAGGUGGCCGAGAGGUGGCCGAGAGGUGGCCGAGAGGUGGCCGAGAGGUGGCCGAGAGGUGGCACGACGUGCUCGACGCGCGCGAGCGGCUACAGUACACGCCCCAGCGCGUGAUCCGCGCGUCUUCAGACGUCGCGGCGUGAGCAGGCGCGCCAGCUCAGCCUUAAGCUGCUAUCCAACGCCUCGUACGGCUUCACUGGCGCGGACACGUCGCACCUCUGCUGCAAGCCGCUCGCCGAGGCGUGCCUCCGCAUGGGAAACGCGUAUACGCGGGCGGCGUCGCGCUUGGUCGAGGAGGCGGCGGCCGGCGGCCGCAUCCCGGGCGCGGCCGUCCUCUACGCCAACACCGACUCCGUCUUUGUGGCGCUCCCCGGCCGCACCGCCGCGGCGGCCGUGCAAGAGGCGCGCUCCAUCGCCGAGUUCGUCUCCGGCCAGCUGCCACCCGCCCUCACGCUCGAGUACGAGAGAGUGCUACGCCCUCUAGCUGUGAACAGCGUCUCUUCACUCCUCCAGCUGUGAGCAGGUACGAGAGAGUGCUCUGCCCCCUCCUGCUCGACGCGCACAACCGGUACGCCGGUGCCGAGUACGUCAGCGGC